AAGGGAAAAAGCACUUUGCCUUUGUCUCACGUUUGGCUCCCAGGGAAGAGUCAUUCAUCCAUGUGUAGGAACCUCUGGAUCAUCCCACUUCACUCCGCCCUCCCAGCUACCAUCUUAGUCGAUGCCAUCCCUCAGCUGAACGGCUACAAGAAGGUUUGUUCUCAUGAACAAGAUGGAUGACCUCAACUUGCACUACCGGUUUCUGAACUGGCGCCGGCGGAUCCGGGAGAUUCGGGAAGUGCGGGCUUUCCGAUAUCAAGAGAGGUUCAAACACAUCCUUGUAGAUGGGGACACUUUGAGUUACCAUGGAAACUCUGGUGAAGUUGGCUGCUAUGUGGCAUCCCGACCCUUGACCAAGGACAGCAAUUAUUUUGAGGUGUCCAUUGUGGACAGCGGAGUCCGGGGCACCAUCGCUGUGGGGCUGGUGCCACAGUACUACAGCUUGGAUCACCAGCCGGGCUGGCUGCCGGACUCCGUCGCCUACCACGCUGACGACGGCAAGUUGUACAAUGGCCGAGCUAAGGGCCGUCAGUUUGGCUCCAAAUGUAACUCCGGGGACCGGAUUGGCUGCGGCAUUGAACCUGUGUCCUUUGAUGUGCAGACGGCCCAGAUCUUCUUCACCAGAAACGGGAAGCGGGUGGGCUCCACCAUCAUGCCCAUGUCCCCCGACGGGCUCUUCCCGGCAGUGGGCAUGCACUCCCUGGGCGAGGAGGUGCGGCUGCACCUCAAUGCUGAGCUGGGCCGUGAGGACGACAGCGUCAUGAUGGUGGACAGUUAUGAGGACGAGUGGGGCCGGCUGCAUGAUGUCCGAGUCUGCGGGACUGUGCUGGAGUACUUGGGCAAGGGCAAGAGCAUCGUGGACGUGGGGCUGGCCCAGGCCCGGCUCCCGCUCAGCACCCGCAGCCACUACUUCGAGGUGGAGAUCGUGGACCCUGGGGAGAAAUGCUACAUCGCCUUGGGUUUGGCCCGGAAGGAUUACCCCAAGAACCGGCAUCCUGGCUGGAGCAGGGGGUCCGUGGCCUAUCAUGCCGACGACGGCAAGAUCUUCCACGGCAGUGGUGUCGGGGACCCCUUCGGGCCCCGCUGUUACAAAGGCGACAUCAUGGGGUGUGGGAUCAUGUUCCCCCGAGACUACAUCCUGGACAGCGAGGGUGACAGCGAUGACAGCUGUGACACAGUGAUCCUGUCCCCGACUGCCCGGGCCAUGCGCAACGUCCGGAACGUCAUGUACCUGCACCAGGAGGGGGAAGACGACGAGGAGGAAGAGGAGGAAGACGGGGAGGAGCUGGAGCAGGAGCAUGAGGGCAGGAAGGUGGUGGUUUUCUUCACCCGGAAUGGCAAGAUCAUUGGCAAGAAAGACGCUGUGGUUCCUUCUGGAGGCUUCUUCCCCACCAUUGGGAUGCUGAGCUGUGGGGAGAAAGUUAAAGUUGAUCUGCACCCCUUGAGCGGCUAGGGCCCUCUCCCAGGGCCAGCCCUGUUCCCGCUGCUCCCUGGGCAGGGCCAGAUACCCAGGGCCUGGCAUGUCCAAGGGUUUGCUUAACCAGGGGGCAUAUAGGGCACGCUGCCCCCUGCCGACUCCUCGGAGCCCCCAUCUCUGACCUGCUGCUGCCCCUGUCAGCAGCCCCUGGGCCGGAGGCCUGCUGGGCAGGAACAGACCCAAAGAACGGGGUUGACAGAGGGCCACUAGCUGCCAGGCCCCUGUUCCUCUCUGGCCCCACUGGAGUAGAGAGGAGUGAGCACCCCAUUUUCAGCUGCUAUGUGGUCAUGAGGCCUUGCACGGCCCGAGGGUAGAGACCCUCCCCCCCUUUACCACAGUAUUCUUCGCCCCCCCCUUUACCACAGUAUUCUUCGUGCAUUCUGUACCCUUUUGUUUUUUUCUAUUUCUUCAUGUGAACCUUUUUUUAUUUCUCCUGUGAAUCAGUUGCUGCUGUCAUCCCCCCUGGCUGGGCUAGGGGGGCUUCCCUGGGCUUAUCUCUCCCCCUUCCCUGGCUGCUGCCCCAAGAAGACUCCUCCUCUAAGAGCCCCGCUCUCUGCUGAGAGCCGGGGCACUCCCUGCUCAGACACCGUAGUCCCACAGAGGUUUGGGUGCCCCUGACCUCCAACCAGUACACACAGAUGGUUUCCCAUUACCCCAGAGGGGCGGUGUGUGGGGCGCGGGGAGGUACUGGGUCUGUGGUAUGCUGUCGCCUCUCGUCCCCUUGUCCCUAGCUCCCUGGGCUGCACGCUGGGGCCCUGGAGCAUAUCUCCUGCCUCAGCCCGGGGAGCUCAGAGAGACAGCUUGGUCCUGGCCUUCCCUACCUGUACCCCCUGCCCCACUUGCUGCUUGUGCCAGUUGCCUGUUUUGCUUCCGUGUUUGUGCCCCCACCCCCUCCAAGCCCUCUCUUCCUCCUACACCCUUCCCAAGCCCCUCCCUGUAUGGUGACCUCCCCUGGGAGAAGGAAGGAGCAGGAGCUGCUAGCCUUGGUUUGCACAGAGCGGGGAGGCUGUGGGGCAAUUGGGUGAGCUGUCUGCUGCUGGGGCCCCCCCGCCCUCCCGUCAGGCCCUGCACUAUGAUGUAUGAAAUGAAUGUACAGACCAGAGAUGUUUAUACACCAAUAAAGAUGGAGUUUCCCUAUUUAUCAGAA